CCAGCGCAGUGGGUGGUAAACCAUCUCCUUUGCUUUGCCCUCUGAAUUUCUCAGACGAUUCCUCCCCCCCACCCCGGGCUCUAUGGCCACGCCAGUGCAGCCCUCCUUGGUCAGUGCGUCGCGACCCCCCCGUGCCAGGGUGCCGUGUGCCAUGGACGCCCCAUCAUUCCGAUCUGUCUUUCUCCACAGGGACCUCCUGGAGAGCCGAGAGAUGAGGGACUACACCUGUGCCCGCGCCUACAUUGACAAGGAUUUCUGCGCCCACGACAAUUUCACCGCUUUGGGCAGUCUGUAUUUCCUGCACAAAUCCAUUCAAGGGGUCUCCCAGUUUGACUUCGAAGCUCAGGAAUACAAGGCAGUAUUCGGGAAAGAGGUCCAUUCGGCCCGUCUCGAGAGCCACAGCAUGGUGGAGAAGGAGAAGUUCGCUCAGGACUUCUGGCCCGAGUUUAAAUGGUCUCGGAAAGGCUACAUCUGGACUCGCUGGAAAUUGCAGAAUCGCGUCUUUGACCUGGUGAACAUCCACCUCUUCCACGACGCCUCCAACCUCGUGGCCUGGAAAAGCCCCUCCACCUUCCCGGGAAACAGGAGGAAGGCGCUGGGAUACGUCCUUAACAGGAUCACAGACGCCCGCUACAAGAGGGAGCCCUUCUUUAUUUUUGGAGACUUCAACGUGAGGUUGGACACUCAGAGAGUGGUUGAGAGUCUAUGCAGCGCAGCUUCUGUGGAAACUGUACUGAAUGCGGACACAGAGGAUUUGAAGAAAGUUAUCUUUCAGGAGACAGAGAACGAUCACAAGGUCCUGCUGAGGAUAGAGUCAAAAACCUUCGAUUAUUUCGACCAGGGAGUUUUCCGUCACAACAACGGGAAAGCGCUCCUGGAGUUUGAUAAAGAGCUCACCAUGUUCUUCAAUCAGAUCUGUGAACUGGACAUUGAGUUCCCUCCUAGUUACCCCUACAGCGAAGUCAACACUGAAGGCACGCAGUAUGCCAACACCCGCUGCCCAGCUUGGUGCGACCGCAUCCUCAUGUCGCCAUGCGCCAAAGAGAUCGUCGCCAAGGGAGAGUACGUGUAUGACCUAGUGGGACCGUCAGUCUGUAUGGGUGACCACAAGGAAGCCUCUGUGGCAACGUGACUUGAUCCCUCUCGGCCACAGAACGAACAAAUUCCCGGUCACCGCGGUGAGCGAUCAGGAUUUGACACAUCGGGCCUCGAUGCCGAGAGACUCAACAGAUGGACGAUCCCCAUAUUCCGGGCCUCAGUUCCUGACUAAACCCCCAAACCACACCCCACCCCACACCUUGCACACUUUCCAACACCUGCGUCCCUGGAUCGCGCAGAGAACUCAACUGUAUGGUCCAUUUCCCGACUGACGCCUCCAAACCUUCCCAACAACGUUCCCCAAGUCUGUUGAAUGCGGUCUUGGGGAGAAGAGAAUUGAAGGAACCAGGAGUAAGGUGCACACCUCUUCCAGCCUGCUGGGCUAGGAUCAUGGGAAGAUCAUCCAUCUCGAUCCCCUGUUCGCCUCUUUCUCCAUUUCGACGUCCCAAGUCGAACUCUGUGCUUGUACACUUUAUAUAUCUGCUUCGUCAAUCAAGGAUCUCAGAGCUUUGAGUUGGGAACAUCAUGUUGAGGUUGUACAGGACGUUGGUGAGGCCUCUUCUGGAGCACUGUGUCCAGUUCUGGUCGCCCUGUUAUAGGAAGGAUAUUAAUAAGCUGGAGAAGGUUCAGAAGAGAUGUAUCAGGACAUCGCUGGGACUGGAGGGUUUGAGUUAUAAGGAGAGGCUGGGAGUUUUUUCCACUGGGGCGUAGGAGGCUGAGGGGUGACCUUAAAGAGGUUUAUAAAAUCAUGAGGGGCAUUGGUGAGUGGCAGAUGUCUUUUCCCGAGGGUGCGGGAUUUCAAGACUACUUUCAAAGUGAGAGGAGAAAGGUUUAAAAAAGACAUGAGGGGCAAUUUUUCACACUUUUUCGUGUGUGGAAUGAACUGCCAGAGGAAGUGAUGGAUGCAGGUAUAGCUACAACAUUUGGAUAAGUCCAUGAGUAGGAAAUGUUUGGAGGGGAUAAGGGCCAAGUGUAGGCAGGUGGGACUAGUUUAUUUUAGGAUUAUGGUCAGCACAGACUGGUUGGGCCGAAGGGUCUGUUUCUGUGCGGUGUGACUCUAGGACGUACCAGAGACUUGUAAGGGUCCCUUUAAGCUGUUUCGGAGGCUGGUUGGGAGGCAGUUGCGUGGCUGAGGGCGCCUGGAGUCACGUGUAGGGCCCGGACUAGGGAAGGGCGGCAGAUCUCCCCGUCUAAAGGGACACCAGUGAGCCAGAAUGGGGUUUGCAAACGGGUCAGAGGUUGACCUCAAUGCAGUGGGACUUUGAUGAGGAGGAGCUGGCGUUGGACAGGGGCAGACGAGAUCAGAAAUCACACGACACCAGGUUACGGUUUAUUUGAAAACACAAGAUGUUUGAGUAUUUGCAGAUGCGUUCUAUUUCACUCACAAACUAAAAAACGAAACCGGUCUGAAUCCAGAUUAAAACACAGCCGGGUUCUAAAUAAGGCCUGGCGCUGCCUGACCUGAGAUGUCACCUCGCGUAUACACUGAUAAAACCUUUAAUUCGCUCAGGGCAGUGACUUGAAAGAAAUUCUGGGAUUUGUGUUUGAAUCAGUGGAAACCUGCAUUUCCGUCCUGACAGAUUAAAGAUCCAACAGGAGGCAGCCAGUGAGCUGUUUGUAGGGUUGUUAGCUUUCUGCUUAUAAAUUCUGUGCCGGUAUAUCUUCUCUUCCACGCUGCACCCGAGGAACGAGCUGAGCUCCGAAAGCUAGUGUUUUCAAAUAAACCUGUUGGUCUGCAGCCUGGUGUCAUGUGACUUUUGACCUUGCCCUGAGACUUGGUUGAGGAAUGUAUUUUCUUCCUUAAAAAAGAAACAGAACCAAACGUAGAACAGCCCGCGCCCACCACCUUGCGCCCAUAUCUGUGCCACCCCAAGCCAUCGCCUGUCCCUCACCUGCCCACCAUGGGCCCAUAUGCCGACCAAUGCCACUCCAACCAACUCCCCCAACCCAACACCGCCACCACAUUAUGCCCUCCAGUCCUUCUCUACCCAGCUCGCGGUGCGUUGUGGCCCCUUAUGAUGCCUCAGUGCCUGCACCGCCAUUUGAGUUCUGCCCACCAAACCAGCUGCAUGGGUUGCCAACGGUGCCAAACAAAGACCCCGCUUCCAAACUGAACUUGAGCCUAUACGAGGCCACGUUCCCUUCCAGACCCCAAGGGAAAACAGGGUGGUGAAGCCGGAGCUGAUCAGCGGUAGGCCAUUCAGCCCAUCGAGAUAGCCUUACCACUCAGCACUUUGACGUCUUGGACCAGCUCCGUUGCUGUUCAUCAGAAAUCUCUCAAAAUCUGCCUGCAACAUCCUCAAAGACUGAGCUUCCUCGGGCCCCAGGGGUAUAGAAUUUCAAAGCUUCUCCACCUUCCUUCCUGAUUUAAGGAGACCGAAAGCGCACGUGCAUUCUCUAACCAAGCUCUGUGAUGAUCAAAGCAAGACUUUUGCUGGCGCCAGGCUCGAAACCAUUUGCUAUGCAUUACCUUUCAGAGAUUGAUAAAUUCCCUUUUUGUACAUCCACGCUUUCCAACCUCCAACCAUUUAAGAAAUCCAUUCGGAUGUAGUAACAGGCCAGGGUGGCCGAAUGGUGCCCCCCCCUCCCGGAACUCCUGUCUCUGUACGAAGGGCCUGUUCCUGCACAGAAGGGUGAGACCCAACGCCCCCAUGCUUUGGAGACGAUUUCGGAAAAGUGCCUUAUUUUGCCUGUUCACCUAAGCAAACCAACACUGGUAUCAUCAAAGUUCGCUCACCAUCACUUCCUCUCCCCACGCACCCACGGAGCGGGUGUUGGUGUUUUUUGAGAGAUCGGCGUGGGAGAGGGAGUGAUCAGAGGCUGUUUCUAGUUCAGCAUCCACAGUGGGCUGAACGGCCUCUAUAUUAUUCCGUCAUUCGAUGAAUUCCAAUGUAUCAUACUGGCCGCCACUGUUUCCAUAAACACCACCAUGAAUGCCGCUUGUGUAUAUAGUCUGUCUGUACAUUGUAAUCGUCCUGACCUUGUAAAGAACUGAAAUAAAUUCCAAAAAUACACCUCGAUUUGCAAA